GUGAAUCCAAGAAUUAGUUGGCGACCUGAUCAGGAAGUGACAAGACCUCACAUACUAAGAACCUUCCAUAAACGAGAAAAAGAAUUUGAUGAGCGUAGUGCAUCUCUAUUAUCUUCUCUGUGUCUCUCCUGUCUGCGUGUCUAACUAAACACAGAGGCAUAACUGAAAGAUUGGCCAAUGGCAGGAGGCAGUGGAAACCCAGGAGGUACAGAGAUGUCUGAGAAGAGUGACCAGGUGGCCAACUCUGCGCUGGUUCUUCUCCAGGACCAUGACUUACCAAGGCCAAAGGAGUUGUGGGGUUGUCGCCACACUUUGGCACUAAUGGGGUUCCUGGGGAAUGCACUGGUAUACGCCAUGCGGGUCAACGUUUUCAUUACUAUAGUUGCUAUGGUGAAACAAAACAACACUGCAGACUCUCCCAAUAACUCCUUCGUCCCUGAUAGUGAUGGUUGCCCAGUACCUGACGACUACGUUGAGAACGACUCCGGAAACAACAAGGGCGAGUUCGACUGGGACGACGGUACUCAAGGCGUCAUCCUGGGUUCGUUCUUCUAUGGAUACGCUGUGACUAAUUUUAUCGGAGGGCGAAUGGCAGAGUAUCUAGGCGUAAAGAUUGUGUUUGGCAUAGGAGUCCUUCUCAACUCCAUCUUCACACUCCUCUCUCCUGUAUGCGUCAGGGUCUCCACACUCUUCAUCAUAAUUCGAAUCUUAGUGGGAAUGACGGCGGGUAUAGCUUUUCCGGCCAUGAACUUCAUGUUGGCUUCCUGGGUGCCACAAAAUGAGCGAGCCAAGUUCACCACCUGGGUGUAUGCUGGAGUGCAGCUCGGGACAGUGGCAACUAUGGCGUCUAGCGGUUGGUUGUGUGACUCUGACUUCAUGGGAGGAUGGCCGUCUGUGUUCUACAUUGUUGGUGCUCUGGGUGUUGUAUGGACCAUACCCUGGUUCCUGCUGGCGUUCAACGAUCCACAGCUUCAUCCCAGAAUAACUAAAGAAGAACAAGAAUACAUUUUACACUACUGUGGCAAGAAAAGAGAAAAGGCGUUGCCGCUACCAUGGAAUGCGGUGUUAACAUCCCUGCCAAUAUGGGCCAUAAUCGUGGUCCACUUUGGUAACAACUGGGGCUUCUACACUCUUCUCACUGAGCUUCCUACCUACCUAGACAAAAUCCAACACUUCAACUUGAAGAGCAAUGGUGUGUUGUCUUCUGUUCCUUACCUGAUUAUGUGGAUCUUCAGCGUUGUGUUUGGUGGCAUUGCUGACAGGCUCCUCGACGCUGGCAAGAUCUCGAACCUGGCCAUUAGAAGGAUCUCCAUGAGCAUCGGUGUAUUCGGGCCAAUGCUUGGUCUCAUUGCCAUGUGUUUCGUCAACUGCGACGGGGCUCUGGCUAUGGGAGUAUUGUGUGUGGCUGUCGGGCUCAACGGGGCCGUCUACAGCGGAUUUAUGUCCUCCCAUCAGGACCUCUCCCCUAACUUAGCAAGCUCCCUCUUGGGCCUCAGCAAUACAGUGGCAACUAUACCUGGAUUCGUUUCACCAGUGGUCACCGGCAGCAUUACUGAUGGCAACGAAACAUUGAGUGCCUGGAGGACCGUCUUCCUCAUCUCGGUGGGGACGUAUCUGGUCUCCAACAUCUUCUAUUUGGUCUUCAUCUCCACCGAUAUCCAGCCCUGGAAUGAACAAAACCCGAAAACGGUUCCGGGCCAGAAUUAUGAACUCCCUAGUGUGCUCCUGGACCACGAGAUGGAGGAAGGUGACACCAAGGAGAGAUACUGACCGUCCGUGGAACCUUCACUAAGAUGAUGUACAGAUCUUUCGUUUCAACUUCAUCAAUAUGCUGUAGUGACCAUGGCAAGACAGGGAGCUUUUCUACACUUCUGCAAUAAUCAUUAAAAAUGCAUCAGUUAUCAUAUUUUCCUGAGUAAAAACCACGUGCAAAACUUUCACUGCUGAGAAUCUGUGAAUGCGAGUGACAGAGCUAUUUCAUUCCUCACUCCUAUAAAAUCUUAUUUUACAGAAGUGAUGUCUAAAAUGGGUAAAGGUAACAUACAUGUCAUCGUACAUAAUUUAAUAAGGUAACGGAUUCAUGA